AUGGAGCUAUAUGAUUCUUUCUGGUUUGAGCUCCAAAUCAUCAACAAACAACCGAUUUCACCAAUCCCAUCAAGGAUUGAAGAAAACCCAGAUCAUGAAAUCGAAGAAAACCCAGAAAAACCAUCAAAGCCAGAGUUUUUACGCAUUCCAACCAGGCACACCAGGUCCAUGAGCGACGAGUUGAGCUCCAAAACGACCUUCAACUUGAGCUCUCUCUCGCCUGAUUCUGUCCUCCACAGACCGAAUCUCUCCACGGUUCUUUCCGGAAAAGAAGCCGGAGAAAUCGAAAACCCGAAACAGAGAUGUGCAGAAGAAGAAACACCGAAGAAAGUUGAAGGGAGGAGAAGAAAGAAGAAGAGUGAGAGCAAGAGCUUGACGGACCUUCAGUUUGAAGAGCUAAAAGGGUUUAUGGAUCUUGGUUUUGUUUUCUCAGAGGAAGAUAAAGAUUCAAACUUGGUUUCAAUCAUUCCUGGGCUGCAAAGAUUGGGAAAGAAGGAUGAUAGCAGAUAUGAGAGUUUUGACGAGUCUGCAAUUUCAAGGCCGUACCUUUCUGAAGCUUGGGAGGUUAGGGAGAAGAGGAAGAGAGAGAAGCCAUUGAUGAAUUGGAGGUUUCCUGCUUUGGAGAAUGAGAUUGACAUGAAGGACAAUCUCAAAUGGUGGGCUCAUACUGUUGCUUCUGCAGUUAGAUGA